UCAGAUAGGCUGGAAAUUUAAACAUGGCGACCGGCUUCGACAAGGAAACGCAAGAAUACAUUGAAGCUGAGAUUAAAGAAGUAAAAGCUAAAAUAUUAGAGAAUAUAGACGGAGUAGAGAUUAUAUCUUUACAUACUUUGAACGUCCAAGUUAGUCUAAAAAGAACCAAGCACAAACAAGUUACUGUAAAAAUGCAGUUUCCAAGAAACUAUCCCAAAGAAUCAAUUUUAACUGAGCUCAAGAGUAGUGUUUUGCCACCUAAAUUAUUGAAUAGAAUGAUGGAAUUAUGUGAUCAAGAAAUGAAAAAACAUGUUGGAAAGCAGCAGGUUUUUCUUUUAGUCUUAUUCUUACGAAAAUUCCUUGAUGAAAACCCAUUAAUUGUGUGCAGUGAAGAACUUGCCUAUGUGAAAGAUAAACUGAUUACACACAAAGACCAGUUUAAGGUCAAACAAAAGACAGGAGUAAUCAGUAUUUGUAUCAACCAAAACAGUUAUUUUAUGAACUUAAAAUUGACAAUUCCAGAUGAUUAUCCAGAUGAAGCUGUUAGCAUAGAACCUAAGCAAUCUAAUUUUCCAAAGUCCUUGGAAAAAGUGUUUGUUGGUCAAGCUGUUGAUAUGGCAAGACAGUGUGUUCAAGCCCCAAUUCGAAAGAAUCCAAARGCACCACCAUUUGUACCAAAGCCAUCAUUAAAGGUAGUCUCUGAUUUCCUAAUUAAAGACUGUAUUAGACGGUACCCAACAGAGGAAUGUGCAUUGUGCAAGAAGAGAGCUCUUCCAACAGAACCAAAAGAUUGUGUUACGAAUCCUAAGGAUGCAAAGUUYGUUGAGCGUGUCUACUGUUCACAUUUGUUCCAUUUUACCUGCCUCGAUGAAUAUAUGAAAACUCCACCCUUUACUGGUGGCAAGAAGUGCCCUGUAUGUGGYAAUACAAUUUAUCAUGACCGUUGGCAGAUAACACCAAAACUUGCAGAAGAACGUUGGGCUCAUAAAGAAGCCAAGAACAGGGAACUUUCUGAAGUUGUUGACUUCUUGGGUGAUUGUACAUAAGUGUUGGUUGAUAAAAAAAAGAGACUUCAAAUAGGGAGGUCGUUUGACCUUUAGAUUCAAAGAUAUUCAAAACAUUAGCUUACACCCAAAUGAUAUUAAAUAGUGAAUAUGAUUAGAAAACUAGUCGUGACAUAAUGUAAGUGAAGUGCUGCGGAUAUAUGCAAGACCACUUUUUACCAAUAGCCGGCACCAAGAUACUUGAAAACAUUCAUCAGCAAAACCAAUAUAUCAAUUAAUCAGAAUAAAAAAGAUCGAUUCAGUUUUUUCA